AUAUAACAAUUUCAAAUUGUUAUAUGUUCCUCAAGAAUCAAAUUGAAAUACGUAUGAGUUUCCCCCAAAACGCACUCAACGGAAAUCUGAACAGAAUGAAAUGAAGAUAAGAAUGAAACAAAAUGGAAAAACCAGAGCCGUGGCUCCUGAGUGGUGCAACAGAAACAUUUUUGCCCUAUUAUCAGGAGAUCAUAAGUUUGAAUCCCAGCGAUGCCAAAGCCAUCUGUGGCUGGGAGCCAAGGGAGCAAAACUAGCCACACUCUCUAGGUGGGAGGGAUGGGAUACUCUCUCUCAAUCACAGAGACACUAGCCAAUCAUGGGUGUCUGUGGGUUCAUGAAUGCAGAGGUGGGCAGAUUGCGCUUUCCUCUGAGUGUUAAGCUGCCCUGUGAUGGAGCAGUUAAAAAAUAUGCCAUUGGGUGGCUUCAUGUCUCUGGAAGAAAGCACAUGUUAGCCUUCAGCCUCCCCAGUUGGAAGCUGUCAUGUGAUGGCGAGAGAUUUCUAACUGAUCCAUGCAAAUUAACCGUAUUAAUAGGAAUGUAGACCGGAGUUGAUGUGCAGGUGUGUGGUUCUGAUGAAGGCUACAUAGAUAUUUGUCAUCAUUGUGGCCAUUUCUUCCUUAUUAACCUGUGUAUAGGUUUGGUCCUGCUUGGCUGACUGAAGGAUGACAAUGUUGGUGAUCUUCUGUGCAAUGUUUAUUCUCCCAUCAUCAGCUGCAAGAGUGAACGUGGGAUAAGGAUGAUGGGGGUUUAGGCAGUUAAGAGAAGGUGGAGAACAAUAUGUGUGGGUUUGCGAUGUUGAAGGCAUGUUGAACACUCAAGGGAGCAGCUGUAUUUAUUUUUGUAUCUAUUUAUUUUUGUGUUUAUACCUCAGGUUUCUACACGAAAUGGUAUGAUUGUUAAGGCAACGAUUUCUUUGGUGACACCACUGAAUCUGCUACGAUACGAUACUAUUCAGUUUAGUCGCCUCUGAAUGAUAUGUGAUCAGCUUUGUUCACAAUCUGGAGCAGGCCUGAUCUACAUCCUAAAUAAUGAUUAGAGAAUAAUGAAUGAACAAUGACGUAGAGAAGAACUAAUUUAAGUAUCAGCGUAAUGGGCAAAUGCUCUUGCGAGCAUAUUAAAUUAUUUACACAUCAGUAUAAAUAUGAAUUAUACUUUACACACCAGUUGUCUGAACUUUUUUGAUAAUCAAUUUAUAAUCAAUUAUAAUUGAUAAUCACUUUAUGAUAUGUUGCCUCAAUUCAUUUCAAUCAUUGUCUCAUCAUUUCAUCGUUUUAAAAAAAUGGUAUGGAUCAAAAAAAGAAGUGAACAGAAUGAACAGGAUGAACAACCUUAAGAUAUAUUUAUUCAUGUAUCUAAAUGCUGUAACUGUCCCCACCAGAAUACAAAUAUCUGACCGAUUUAUACUAUAUACUAUACACAAUAUAAUAAUUACCUUACUGUAUCAUUCAUAACUUCUUAUGUCCAUGGAUUAUACACUCAGUGGUAACUUUAUUCCACACAAUCUACUUCACAACCAACUGCAUGCUGAUUCACACCUUUUCAGCACAAAUAUGUAUGUCAUUUCAGCAUUUAUUACACUCUUCUUAUUUUUUAAAUGAGUUUUAAUACAAGGACAGGACUUGCUGGAUAUAUUUCAUUUACAUGAAUACAUUGUAACACCUGUACAUACUGUUAAAAAGAACAGGUUGGGUCUUGUUAUAGUUUUACACCUAAAUCGCUGCUUUGAAUUUUGUAAGUAUGUACGAAGAAAUGAUAGGACAACCCUAUGUUAAUUCAUACAACAUGGAAAGUUUUACAAUGCAGUAUACUUCAAUUAGUACUAAUACAUUGUAAACACAUAAAAUUACUUAUUAUUUAUGGUCGAGGACCCAUCAAAUAGUUCCAUAAUUGGCAAAUGCAACUACUUUCUGUACUUGUUUCUAAAAAAAAAAAUUAUUAUUAUUAUUGUAAUACUACAGAACAGUAUCAUUGACAGAAAGCCAAGACACAUUUGAAUAAACCACACAGUAUUAUAAAAUGAGGCAUUGUAUCCCAGAUGUUUGGAGCAACGCACAUAUCCGUAUCUGAUGUGCUGGUAUUUGUGUAUGCAAAUGAAUAAGAGGUAAACAUGCAUUAACAGGUAGGAAACAUGCAAUAGAUAGGAGACAUCACCAUCUAUCCAGCUGAGCUGUUUGGUUUUGGACAAGAUUUAGCAGAGAGCUGCUGAUAUGAAGCUCCUCUACUUUAUGGUUCUGCUGAACUUUGGAGCCAUUCCUGAUGAUGGCUCUAAUAUAUCAAGAGAACAGGCUGAGCGAAAGCCCACAUGUAAUGUCACAAAGUGUGUACGGGAUGAAAUAUUUACAUCAUCCAACUCUAAUGUCUUGGAAAUAAAACAUAUGUGUACUGAAUUGCUUGCCUCAAAUAAUACUGAUACAAAUAUAUACAACAGGGCAGAGAGAAUGUAUAUGGAUUCCAUCAGCUUACCAUUUGAUGGGGAAACCAAAACCUAUGCCCUAGAAGACUUUAACAUUCAGAUCUCUGCUCGAAAGCUGUCUGAUGAUGAUCCACCCUUUCAUGUACUCAUGCCUACUGAACAUUUUUUGAAUGUCCCAGAGGAGCAGCUCAAAAAUGACUUGUACCCAGUGGUGGAGUCUGAAGCCAUUCACGUUGAAACUGUCAGGCAUGAGAUGAAGAACUUGUCCAGUCAACUUGUUGUCAACUUUACAGUGAACAGUCAUGAAAUAAUACCUGGAAACGAUACCCUUUCAUUCCAGUUCUGUGAUAAAACGGAGGAUGACUGGAAUGACAUGGGGUCUUUCACCAACCUGGAGAACAGCAGCAACACUGUAAACGGUUCACAUGAUCAUAUGACCCCUUACUCUGUACUUCUGGGUAACAUGUCACAAAUUGAAAAUCUGGAGCAGAAAAACCAAUCCUCUAUUAGUUACUUAGCUAAUAGGACAGAGAACUAUUUUUUCUACAACAGCACAGAACUGGUAUUUGCAGAGAGCCUUAAUAAAUCAUUCUGCAACUGGGGAGACUCCCGGUGUUAUGUAGAGUGCACUUAUUUCAAUCUCACCACAAACAUAACUGGUGCGAACAUCAUAAUGGACCUGGUACAAAAUAAUACAAUCACAGGUCAAAACAAGACACAGCUGGUCUUCAACACGGGUGAUACAAAUACCACAUGUAAUGUCACAAAGUGUGAAUCAGAUGAAAUGAAUGCAUUCAUCCCAAACAUGGACUUAAUAAGGCUAAAACAAGUACAACAUAUGUGUAAUAAAUCAUUUGCUUCAGAUACAUACAUCAGGGCAGAGAAAGAGUACAUCGAUCAGCACAUCAACUUAGAGUUUGACGGGCCAAACAAAACCUAUGAGCACGAGGACUUUAAUAUGACUGUAGUCAAGAUGGAUAAGAUGAACACCAGGGAUCACGGGCGUGUAACGAUCUCUGCUCCAAAGGUGUCUGAUGAUGAUCCGCCCAUAGAGGUAUUCAUCCCUACUGAACCUUUUCUAAAUGUCUCACUGGAGCAGCGCAAAGUUGGUGUACUGACAUAUCGCUCUGCUCAACAGUUUACAAAUGACCCGAACAUUGUGCUGAUGUCCAAAGUCAUUCGUGUUGAAACUGUUGGGUAUGAGAUCAAGAACUUGUCCAAUCGACUUGUUAUCAAUUUUCCAGUGAACAGCAGUGAAAUAAAACCCGGAAACCAUAACCUUUCAUGCCAGUUCUAUGAUGAAUCAGAGCACAAGUGGGAUGACAUGGGGUCUUUCACCAACCUGAGUCACUUUAACAGCAGCAACAUUGUAACCUGCUCAUACGAUCAUAUGACCCCCUUCGCUGUACUUCUGGUUUACGUGGCACAACCUGAUCAGCAGCAGCAGAAAAAUCUGCCCUGUAUUAGUUACCCAGCUAAUAGGACAGGGAACUAUUUUUUCUACAACAGCACAGAACUGGUAUUUACAAAGAGCCUUAAUAAAUCAUUCUGCAACUGGGGAGACUCCCGGUGUUAUGUAGAGUGCACUUAUUUCAAUCUCACCACAAACAUAACGGGUGCGAACAUCAUAAUGGACCUGGUACAAAAUAAUACAAUCACAGGUCAAAACAAGACACAGCUGGUCUUCAACACGGGUGAUACAAAUACCACAUGUAAUGUCACAAAGUGUGAAUCAGAUGAAAUGAAUGCAUUCAUCCCAAACAUGGACUUAAUAAGACUAAAACAAGUACAACAUAUGUGUAAUAAAUCAUUUGCUUCAGAUACAUACAUCAGGGCAGAGAAAGAGUACAUCGAUCAGCACAUCAACUUAGAGUUUGACGGGCCAAACAAAACCUAUGAGCACGAGGACUUUAAUAUGAUUGCAGUUAAGAUGGAUAUGAUGAACACCAGGGAUCACGGGUGUGUAAAGAUCUCUGCUCCAAAGCUGUCUGAUGAUGAUCCAGCUAUAGAUGUAUUCUUCCCUGUUCAAAUAUUUCUGAAUGGCCCAGGGAACCAGCACAAAGUUGGUGUAGUGACAUAUCACUCUUCUCAACAGUUUUUAAAUAACUCGUACCCUGUGCUGAAGUCUAAAGUCAUUCGCAUUGAAACUGCUGGGCGUAAGCGCAAGAACCUGUCCACUCGACUUGUUAUCAAUUUUACAGUGAACAGCAGUGAAAUAAAACCCGGAAACCAUAACCUUUCAUGCCAGUUCUAUAAUGAAACAGAGCACAAGUGGGAUGACAUGGGGUCUUUCACCAACCUGGAGAACUUUAACAGCAGCAACAUUGUAACCUGCUCAUACGAUCAUAUGGCCCCCUUCGCUGUACUUCUGGUUUACGUGGCACAACCUGAUCAGCAGCAGCAGAAAAAUCUGCCCUGUAUUAGUUACCCAGUUAAUAGGACAGAGAACUAUUUUUUCUACAACAGCACAGAACUGGUAUUUACAAAGAGCCUUAAUAAAUCAUUCUGCAACUGGGGAGACUCCCGGUGUUAUGUAGAGUGCACUUAUUUCAAUCUCACCACAAACAUAACGGGUGCGAACAUCAUAAUGGACCUGGUACAAAAUGAUACAAUCACAGGUCAAAACAAGACACAGCUGGUCUUCAACACGGGUGAUACAAAUACCACAUGUAAUGUCACAAAGUGUGAAUCAGAUGAAAUGAAUGCAUUCAUCCCAAACAUGGACUUAAUAAGACUAAAACAAGUACAACAUAUGUGUAAUAAAUCAUUUGCUUCAGAUACAUACAUCAGGGCAGAGAAAGAGUACAUCGAUCAGCACAUCAACUUAGAGUUUGACGGGCCAAACAAAACCUAUGAGCACGAGGACUUUAAUAUGAUUGCAGUUAAGAUGGAUAUGAUGAACACCAGGGAUCACGGGUGUGUAAAGAUCUCUGCUCCAAAGCUGUCUGAUGAUGAUCCAGCUAUAGAUGUAUUCUUCCCUGUUCAAAUAUUUCUGAAUGGCCCAGGGAACCAGCACAAAGUUGGUGUAGUGACAUAUCACUCUUCUCAACAGUUUUUAAAUAACUCGUACCCUGUGCUGAAGUCUAAAGUCAUUCGCAUUGAAACUGCUGGGCGUGAGCGCAAGAACCUGUCCACUCGACUUGUUAUCAAUUUUACAGUGAACAGCAGUGAAAUAAAACCCGGAAACCAUAACCUUUCAUGCCAGUUCUAUAAUGAAACAGAGCACAAGUGGGAUGACAUGGGGUCUUUCACCAACCUGGAGAACUUUAACAGCAGCAACACUGUAACCUGCUCAUACGAUCAUAUGGCCCCCUUCGCUGUACUUCUGGUUUACGUGGCACAACCUGAUCAGCAGCAGCAGAAAAAUCUGCCCUGUAUUAGUUACCCAGUUAAUAGGACAGAGAACUAUUUUUUCUACAACAGCACAGAACUGGUAUUUACAAAGAGCCUUAAUAAAUCAUUCUGCAACUGGGGAGACUCCCGGUGUUAUGUAGAGUGCACUUAUUUCAAUCUCACCACAAACAUAACGGGUGCGAACAUCAUAAUGGACCUGGUACAAAAUGAUACAAUCACAGGUCAAAACAAGACACAGCUGGUCUUCAACACGGGUGAUACAAAUACCACAUGUAAUGUCACAAAGUGUGAAUCAGAUGAAAUGAAUGCAUUCAUCCCAAACAUGGACUUAAUAAGGCUAAAACAAGUACAACAUAUGUGUAAUAAAUCAUUUGCUUCAGAUACAUACAUCAGGGCAGAGAAAGAGUACAUCGAUCAGCACAUCAACUUAGAGUUUGACGGGCCAAACAAAACCUAUGAAUAUGAUAACUUUAAAAUGACAGUAUUUAAUAUAACUAUGAUGAACAACGGGGAUCAGGAGCAUGUAACGAUCUCUGCUCCAAAGCUGUCUGAUGAUGAUCCAGCUAUAGAUGUAUUCUUCCCUGUUCAAAUAUUUCUGAAUGGCCCAGGGAACCAGCACAAAGUUGGUGUAGUGACAUAUCACUCUUCUCAACAGUUUUUAAAUAACUCGUACCCUGUGCUAAAGUCUAAAGUCAUUCGUGUUGAAACUGUUGGGUAUGAGAUCAAGAACUUGUCCAAUCAACUUGUUAUCAAUUUUCCAGUGAACAGCAGUGAAAUAAAACCCGCAACCCAUAAACCUUCAUGCCAGUUCUAUAAUGAAACAGAGCACAAGUGGGAUGACAUGGGGUCUUUCACCAACCUGAGUAACUUUAACAGCCUCAACAUUGUAACCUGCUCAUACAAUCAUAUGACCCCCUUCGCUGUACUUCUGAAGAAGCAGAAAAACCAAUCCUGUAUGGGUUACAAAGCUAGGUGGACAACUAUUUCUUUCUACAAGAGCACAGAAUUGGAAAUUUCAGAGAACCUUACUAAAUUACUCUGCAACUGGGGAGACUCCCGGUGUUAUGUAGAGUGCACUUAUUUCAAUCUCACCACAAACAUAACGGGUGCGAACAACAUAAUGGGACAGGUACAAAAUGAUACAAUCACAGGUCAAAACAAGACACAGCUGGUCUUCAACACGGGUGGGCAAGACAUCACAUGUAAUGUCACAAAGUGUGUAUUGGGUGAAAUCAGUGCAUUGAUAAUCCAAUCAGUCAGCUCUGCUGACUUGAAAGACUUAACAAGACUAACACAAAUCAAAAAGAUGUGUAAUGAAUUGUUUACUUCUGAUAGAAAUUUAAAACAUAUAUACAUCAGUGCAGAGAAAAAUUACAUCCACUCGCUCAUCAACUUACCAUUUAAUGGAACGAAGAAAAAUUAUGUCCUAGAGGAAUUUAACAUGACUGUAGUUAAGAUGGAUAUGAUGAACACCACAGUUGACAGGCUUGCACAGAUCUCUGCUCCAAAGGUGGCUGAUGAUGAUCUUCCUGUGGAUGUUUUUGUCCCUGUUGAUCCUUUUCUGAAUGUCUCAAAGGAACAGUGCAAAGUUGCUGUAGUGACAUAUAACUCUGCUGAACAGUUUAUGAAUGACUUGUACAUUGGGUUUGAGGCCAGAGUCUUACGCAUUGAAACUUUCGGACGUGCGCUUAAGAAUUUGUCCCCUAAACUUGUCAUCGCCUUUACGGUGAACAGUAGUGAAAUGAUACCCGAAAACCAUAAACUGUCGUGUCAGUUCUAUGAUGAAACAGAGCACAAGUGGGAUGACAAGGGGUCUUUCACCAACUUGAGUAACAACAACACUGUAACCUGCUCAUACGAUCAUAUGACCCCCUUCGCUGUACUUCUGGUUGACAUGAACGUGUUGCAAAUUAAUCCUCAGCAGUGGAAAAUCCUGUCCUAUGUUAGUUAUAUAGGUUGUAGUCUUUCAUCGUUUUUCUCAACAGUCACCAUCUUCCUCUACAUUUUCAUGAAGAGACCAGAUAUAAACAAUUCCAUCCGUAUCCAUGUGUCUUUGAGUGUAGCCCUGUUCCUCCUCAACACCAGCUUCUUGUUAAUCGAGUGGGGAGCCACUUGGUCUCAAGAUGCUGUGUGCAUCAUAAUAGCGGUGAUAAUACAGUACAGCCUCCUGUCCUGUUUCUCUUGGAUGGCCAUUGAAGCCAUACACUUGUACUUGCUUCUAAUCAAAGUGUUCAACACCUACAUCAAGCACUACAUGGUCAAGCUGUCACUGUUUGGAUGGGGACUGCCUGCUGUCCUUGUUGGAGGAAGUCUGUGUGCAUACGGCAGUAAACCAUUUUUUGGCAAAACACAAAUUAAAUUAUCCAACAUGACUGAAGCAACGAGUUUCUGCUGGAUUACUGAUCCUCACUAUCUGUAUGGCAUGAACAUCACCUACUUCUGCUUAACAUUCCUGUUCAACACAUGCGUUCUGGUGGCAGUGACGCAUCAGAUCUUUAAGAUGCGUUGCUUGAACAUCAGAGGAAGCGGAAGGAUUCCAUCUCGUAAGGACAUUUGCACUGUCCUGGGCCUGAGCUUCCUGCUGGGAAUGACAUGGGGUUUGGCAUUCUUCACUUCAGGAUACACAAACUACCCCAUUUUAUACCUCUUCUGUAUCUGCAACACCCUGCAAGGGUUGUUUCACUUCCUGUGGUCCUAUAGUGCAAUGAAGAAGAACAGGAGUCUUGUGGCACAAGCCUCAGUUGCGUACACAGUGUCUGAUCCGGUCAGUACUUCGGUCAAGCGCUAGGAAAUCAUCUUUACCCACUGAAUCGAUAUUACAUAUCAUUUAUUGUUGAUGUGGUCAUAUAUCAUAUACUGAUAGAAACAAAGACAAGCACUGCAACAAGUUCUACAAGUUAUUUAAAACCUACUUCAGCACCUCACUCUGUAACCCAGCGUGAGGUUCAUAAUCAAUAAAAAUUUUUUUCCUGUUGUGAGCCACUGAGCUCCUUAUUGUCGACAUUACAAAAGUAAAUGACAUCAAUUGUUUUGGAGGAACUAUAGUGUGUAUAGCAUUUGUAAUGAUCCAGUACUGAGUAAUUAUUCAUUUUUCAUCACCUAUACUUUUCAUCCAAUCAUUUAGAGGGAAGUGGUAGCUCAGUGGUUAAGACGUUGGACUUGAGUUCAAAUCCUAGCACUGUUAAGCUGCCAGUGUCAGGCCCUUGAGUAAGGUCCUUAACCCUCAACUGCUCAGUUUGUAUAAAUGAGAUAAUUGUACGUCGCACUGGAUAAGAGCGUUUGCCAAAUGCUGUAAUGUAAAAUGUAAUGUAAUAUGAUCUGGUUUAAUAUUUUGGGUUUACAUAUAAAAUAUGCUUAUCCUUAAACUAGCAUAAAUUGUGUCUGUGUGAUCACAUGGUAUAUUAACUUUUAUAUGUUUAUUACACUGCUAUCUUAUACUGUAUUAAAGCAAUGCAAUUAAUGUUAUACAGUGUGACAGGGCUGGGUUUAGUAUUUAAAUUUGUUCAUAUAUAUAUAUAAUAUCUUACUCUAAACAUAUUCAAGUGUUCAUUUGCAUUGGUGUUGGAGACAUUAUUCU